UAUUCCCAGGAGAAAACAUGGAUGAAAAGCUGUCUUACAAGGAAUUUCUCGAUCGCAAUGAGUCAUGGACAAUGGAUGACAGAGAUCUGUGCUUUGAAUCACAGCCAGUAUUCAAACCCCUGGAGAUGACUGAUUCCUUCAGCAUGCACAGAGGGGACAAUCUGCCUGACUUAUCAUUACCGACUGACAUGAAGAAUGUGCCGCUGUUCACUGACCAUGCUGACACUUCCAGAGACAUCCAUGCACCACAUGGAUCUAUGAUGGUACCUGAACAACCUUUCUUGGGGGCCCUGUAUUCACCUGCAGAGGCUCUAGACACAUCAGCCUUCAUUGGCUUGGAUUCAACAGCAGAAUUUCUGCAAGACAAAGCAGUGCGUGAAGAAUAUUGGAUGGGAGCUCAGUAUGAUGUGAAGGAACCAGAUGCCUCUUUCUUUGUUGAGCCACCAGUGCCCCCCACCGUGACAGAAGCAAUGAACCAGAAUUUGACAGAAAGCCCUGCAGCAGUGGCUCCUGGUUUCCUUCCUGCUGCAGUAACAACAUCCCCAGGAGAGGCCAAAGCUACUGAUGGACCAAGAGGUGCAGCAUCAGCAGAUGCAGGGUGUGUUCCUCCCUCAGAUGUCAUGUCUGUUUCCACAGAAAAGGCUGGGUCUGUUCUUGCGGGAGACACCAAGCCUCCUCAAGCUCUGGAUGCUGGACUCACACCCACAGCAGAAGCCAACACUUUUCAGGCUAUGGAUGUUGGGUUUGCUGCUGCGCCAAAAGUCAAGCCUCCUGAUGCUGUGAAUGCAUCUGCUCCAGUGGCAGACACUAGCUUCGCCCCAGCAGAUGCUAUGUCUCAUUACACUAUGGAUUUGGAGUUUGCCCCAGCAGAAGAUGCAGGGUUUGCCCCAGCAGCAGAUGUGGGAUCUCACCAUGCUAUGGAUUUGGCAUUUGCCCCAGCAGCAGAUGUGGAAUCUCACCAUGCUAUGGAUACGGCAUUUGCCCCAGCAGCAGAUUUUGCCCCUGCAGCAGAAGUCAACCAUCAUCAUGCUAUGGAUUCUGGGUUUGCUCCUGUAGCAGAAACUAAACCUCUUCCUGCCAUGGAUUCUGGGUUUGGCUUUGCAGAAGCUAAGUCUGCCACUGCAGCUGACACCAAGAUUGCUGCAUCUGAAGAGCUGAUGACUUCUGAGUCUUCUCUUAAGCACGAUAAGUCACCCUUUGGCAAGCCUUCUGCAGAAGCAACUGCAAAUGUGGAACAAGAAUUGAAAGCCCCAGAAGGCCGUGUUGACCUCUUAGAGCAAGCUAAAGUCAGCAAACCGCCUCCCAGCAACCAGGAAGAGCAUCUUCUGGAGCAGACAAACCAUCUUUCAGAAGCAGCAGUUCUAGUAGAAGCAAAAGAAGCUGUUGCACUAGAAAAUAAAGACCUCCUUCCAGAAAAAUCUGUUACUGCUGCGGAUGUUACUGUUACAGAGAAACAAAAGGAGGAGGCAGAACACAAUCAUGUCCAACAUGCAGAAUCUCAGCAAGAAAAACCCCUGCAGGAGCCCACAGGUCUACCUACUGCACAAAUAAGGCAAGCUAACAAAUCGAGUGAACGCAGGUUUGGCAGAGCAAAACCUGCACCAGUGCCUAUUACAGAUGUACCAGAGGAACGUCUAAUAGGUCUCCCACAACAGAAGAGCACUGACCCAAAAGUAGACCCCUAUUCCGUAGUGGAACUUGGAUGUGAGGCUGGAACAUUCCCUCGCACUAGGGUUUCACAUAAAAAGGCAGCUGAGCAGCCAUCCAGUAUGCUCUCGGAGUUUGUGGAAAGCUGCAGAGAUCUACCAAGGGAGAGCUGGGAUUUGGAAGGCUCUCUGGCCAUUGUGAAGAAAAAGAAAAAGAAACCAAAACAAAAGAGAAACCAGCUGCCAAGAACAAUGGAGUUCUGGGAUGAAAAUGGAACAAUCUCAAAAGGUCCUAGAAAUUCUCCAUUUGCUGUUGAAUUGCAAAAGCCAGAUGUCUGUCCUGUAAUGCCUGCUGAAGCUCGCACAGAGCAGUCAAUUGCCUCAGGAAACAGAGCUUCAGAUAUGCCAAAGGAUGCUAAAAAAACUGGAAGUCAUAUCCUGGAUGAGCAGAAUGCCUUUUCAGUGCCUGCACCAGGACAGCAGGCCCCAAAACCCAGUAUGCCGUUAGAAUCGGUGUUGGAUGCGAAAAAUAGAGAGGUCAUGAAAACAGAAGAAAUGAGAGAUGACAGUUUGAUGUUGCAGUCUAAAGGCAAAAGAAAAGAGGUUCCCUUGGAGCAGCUAGGACAGACUAAGGUGGGGGAACCUGUUACAGCAAAGGGGUCAACCAAGCCCAUGGAAAGAGACUUUCUUGAUAAAAAUAAGAAGGAGUAUAGGGAGUCAAAAUGUGCUGGUCUGACAGCAUCUCCUUCAGAAGCAAUAAAUCUAAGCAAAGUAGAAACUCCUUUAGAGACCAAACCUUCAGAAUUGCUUCUUUCUGACAGAGAUAAGGAGGCUAAAUCCAUGUCCUCCAGGAGUGAGGCAUUCAGUGGCCCUGUCCAUUGUGAGGUUCAAACCUCCAGCAGGUUGCUGGAAGCAGCAGCAAAGAAAAGAGGUACUUGUGAAAAAAGCAAAGGGCUUGGAAACGAACUCUUCAAACAGCCCAUGCUUCCAGAGGCUGCGGCCCCAUCUGAUAAGCUUCCUAAUGAGCCAAAGGCAGCUGAUGAAACUAAAACAGUGUCCCCCAAUAAGUGCAUGGCUGUUGACUUCAGUAUUUCAGAGGGAGGUUUGAAGAUCCCAACAGAUACCACAGAAAUUCCUGUUGCACCAUUAGUUGUACCAAUCUCCAAGGAAGUUACUGCUUUGCAAAACAGAAAAGCUGAUAGUUUUUCAGAGCAGCCAUUUCUUCUGUCAGCCAAGGCUGAUGCAACCAAACAUCCCACGUCCACUGAAGCAGUGGAAGGAAUGAUAGGAGCAGGUACCCCUGAUAAAAACAAAGGGAAAGGAUUUAUUGCAUUAGAGCAGCAGGCUGGAAGAGAUUCCAAUAUUGCACAUGGGAUGGACAGACCUAAAAAAAAGCGUGGUGAAGGGAAAGUAAAAAAAAUCAAAAGCUUCUCCGAGCAGGUGAUGUUUUCAGAGGAUGUAAGCAAACUAACUGAUGGAGUGAGGAUAGAUGAAAAUAGAAAAGAUACAACUUACCCUGAUAAAGGUAGAGGUUUUGCUGCUAGAGGACAUCCAUCAGUAAGCAUUACACAUGCUUAUCCUGCAGACAAGCCCAAAAAAAGAGGUAGUGAUGGAAGAAGCAAAAAAGGUGAAAGAAGUUUUUUCCAGCAGCCUCUUCUUGAGAGUAGGAUGGACCCAAGUAGUUUUCCUGACAUAACUGACAUAACUGAUAAAACUAAGGAGGUUAGUGAUAAAGGCAGAGAGGGGGUCUGGGUUACUGCUGAGUGUUUUUCAGGUGUAAGUAAAAUGCAAAGGCCAAUUGAACUGGGAACAGAGGACCCUAAAGAAAAUGUUGGAAAAAAUGAAAUAGCCAAUUUGGGUGCUUUAGACCAACCAUUCCUGUUGGAGAGUAGGAGAGAGGAAGCAAAGCAUCUUCCUAUGGCUGACACGAUUAGUAAAACAGAAGAGGUAGAUUUGAUUAACAAAGGCAAGGAGGUUGGAGUUACUUCUGAAUCAGUGGCGAGGAAUUCUGAUGCACUGCUGGUGGCAGACAAACCUAGAAAGAGGAGCAGUGAGGGGAAAAGAAAAAAACCUGAAAAAAGUCCUUUGAGGCAGGCAGAUCUCUGGGGUGCUGGGUUGGAAACAAGCAAUUUUCCAAGCAAAGAGAAAGUGGCUGGAAGCACAAAAGAAAUUACCUUUGACAAAGAUAAGGUGCCUGGUUUUGAAAGAGAGCUUGAGCUGGAGAAUCUGUCAGAUAUAACUAAAGAGGUGCUGGCAAAGCCUGAAAUACAGGGUGGUAAUAGAAAAAGUUUCUCAAAUCAGUCAGUUCUUUCAGGUCAUAAAAUAGAGACAUUAGAGCCAGAAAUAGUCAACACUGAAGAAACUUGCCCUGUGAAUAAAGGUAAGGAAGUAGAUACAUCUGAGCCUCAGCCAGAGCACAGGACAGAUGCAGCUGCAGCACACAGUCUGACCAGGGGACUGGUGAUGGACAAGCCUAAGAAAAACAGUAGAGAUGUGAAAGGCAAAAAGAAUGAAAAUAGUCUUGAGCACUCUGUACUGAGUCCAGGUAACAUGCCUGUGGUGGGUGAAGAGCUGGGAAACAUUAAGCAAACUCAACCUUUUGAUAAAGGCAAAGAGGCUAAUUCCAGUACCUUAGCCAGUCUGCUAGGUGACUUAACUGGUACUACUGAAGUACAAGCUCCUGCUGUACCUCUGGAGCCAGAAAAAUCACACACAAGUAGUAAAGAGAAAUGCAUAAAGACAGAGGCUAACCUUCAGCAACCAUUCCUUCUGGAGCAUAAAGCAGGUGCAGAGGUGUUUCCUCCUCAUGAUGUGGAGAUAACCAACAAAUCUGAAGCAGGAAAUCCUCCUCCUUGCAGCAGUGAGACAAAACCAAACAGGAGUGAAGUACAGCCUCCCAUGGGGUCUGAGGUGGCAUAUGGAAUGGAAGCCAUGGAUUUUGUAGAUGAAAAUAGAAAUAUUAAAAACUUUUCCAUUGGCCCUCAAAUGCUUUGGAAUAAUAAAGGAAGCGACUUUGAAUCCUUUGCUCAGACUGCAGGGACUGCCCCUGAUAACACUGGCAGUGUUUCUUCUGGCUUCCCAAAGCAGACUGAUGAGGGUGCAAUAAGUAAGGGGCUUCCUCCUCUGGAAGCAAUAGCAGAGAUAAGCAGCAUACGGCCUGCACCUGGUGCUAAAGAGGAAAUACAGACACAGAAAUCUUGUGAGCAGCCGAUCAAUCUGGGACACAAAGAGCCUGGAAAAGAGGUUUCAAAGAAAGAUGGUGAAACCAAAGAGGUUGGUGCCCAGGAUGGCAGGGAGGCAGGUAAACCCCUUUCUUUCGAUCAUUCAGUUAAACAGGACAUUAAGUCAAAGAAGGAUGAAGUUCCCCUCUCUCCUGGGGCAGAGGUGGAUGAUAAACAAAUAACAACCACUGAUAAAAAGCACAGCACUGACAACACUUCCUCAGACCUUCCUCGGAAGGUGGCAGAUUCAGAAAGUAGACCAGCUCCUGUAAGUGCCAAAGGAACAGAGAAACUAGAGGUAACUGUCCCUUCUAGAGGGAAGGAUCUAGAACUUUUAGUGGUACCAGAGAGCAGAGCAGAAGCAGCUGUGUCACAGGUUGUGGUGGAAGCGUCGGUGGAGAGUAAAGCUGAAGAGCCUAAGCUGGAUGGAAGCAAGAAGAGUGAGCAGAGCUCACCAAAGUACUCGAGCAGUUUGGACAGUAAAGCAAUGGAAACAGAAGCUGCUAGUCUAGAUCUGGCAGGUGCCCAAACAACCAGACUAAGUCCUGAAGAUAAUGAUAAAAGUCAUUCUUUGCCUGCAGAAGAGGAUGCUGCUCAGGGUGGGGAAGCUCACCUAAAGGAUGCUCUGGCACUGAAGUCUGAAGUAGAUAAACCUCAAGACUCAACUAAAGAAGAGGAAGGAGAGUCUGAACAAAAAGUUGUGAAGGAGGCAAAGAAAGAGAAAGUUAAAGCAGCAGAACAGAUAAAAAGCUACAUGAGACCCACAAAGUCAAGAGGGGUGCCAACUCUGCCAGCCAGGUCUGCUGUGCCAGACAGAGAGAAACAAAAGCAGCUGAAACCCACUGGUAUGGGCCGGCAGAGGCAAGAAAAAGGUGUGUGUUUGCCAUUUGAGCUAGCAGCAGUAAUCCAGACGGCUUGCCUGCAAGACCUUGCUGUUUGUCAGUGCAUUGGCAUGAGUACGUAA